CUAGAGAAAAUAUGUGUACGUGAAAAAGGUUGUGAACGUUGAAAUUUAACGGUUCGUGAACGUUGGAUAAGUUGGACCUUGGACGAGUAAAAUAAUAUCCCACUCGUUAUCACAAGUUUUGUAGCAAUACAAAUUUUAAAAAAAACAACACAUACUGCCGGCCUGGUGUGAUAUUCCCAGUGGUUAAAAUGCUAGUGUCGUUGUUAAGUAUCGAAUGUGUUGGCGAAGAGGUUAUUCUCGGCACACUCGCUUUUGGGAUCGCCCUCGUUCUUUUUGGAUAUUACAUUAUGAGGUCUAAGAGACGAGAACAAACUGAAAUUAACCAACCGAGAAGAAGGUACAGUCAACAGAAUGAAUGUCCUGUCUGCCGCAAUGACAUUAAGUAUGAAGUGGAGACCAACUGUGGCCAUAUCUUCUGCUGUCGAUGUUGGCUUGCCUACAUGGCCCACAUGGCCCGUGGCAGUUUUGUAGGAGCAGUCCUUUGCCCUGUUUGCAGACAGCAGGUUACGAGCCUCUUCCAAGCUUUCAGCAAGAAUAAAUUGAAUCCCGUCAGUGCGUCAGAUGAAGAGCCAGAUUUAGCCAAUUUCAUCCGUGAAAUCAAUAGCUACAAUCGUCGCUACAGUGGCGAACCCAAACCGUUCUGGGAGAAUAUUCGCGAGCUUCCUAUUCUAUUCCGUCGCAUUUUAAGCCAAGUUUUUUCAGAAAGAGGCUUCUUUUACUUGUAUCGCCUUCGUGUCAUCCUUUCCGCGAUUCGUUGUGUGAUGACCCUCCUUUCACUGCUCGAUAUCAUACCGGUAGCAGCCUUCGGUCUGUUAGGCCAUGUCUUCGAUCUUUUAGCCCUUCUGAUGGUCGCCGUGAUGUUCAACACCAAUGUUAUCCGCACUAAUAUCGCUAAUAUUUUCGCCAAUUUUAAUAAUCAACCCCCAGAAGCAUAUGUAAUGUUUGGAAUGAUAUCUCAAGUGCUAGCUGAUUUUAUUGCUCUAGUUGCCAGGGCUUUUUUCUUUUUACUCGAUUCAAUCCCCUGGACAAUCAUCAUCUCUUAAUCGCUUGUUUGUUUCUUCAUCCAUCCAAGAGCAAGGAAUUUGGUAUUUGUAAAAAUCUGAUACGAUGUUAAUGUUUUUUUGUCCAAAUUGAACAAAAUCCCUUUUUUAACAGUUGUAUAAAUAACACAAAGAAAAAAUGCAUCACCUUCGUGUUUUUCGAAAGA